CGGGAUAAAAGUCCUCACCGGCCUGACAGCAACAGAGUGGACCUGUCUUCUUCUCCGGAGCGGGGAGUUUUCAGUUUAGCAUCCUCUACAUCCGUGAUCGAGCCCGUUCAUUUGACUAACUUUCAUUCAUUUAACUCAGGCACGUCAUAACCAACCAUGGCUGCACACAAACUGGUGCUGAUUCGCCACGGAGAGAGCAACUGGAACCAGGAGAACCGGUUCUGCGGCUGGUUCGACGCGGACUUAAGCGAAACCGGAGAAAAGGAGGCGAAGAGAGGCGGACAGGCCCUGAAAGAUGCCGGCUUUGAGUUUGACAUUUGCUACACCUCCGUGCUGAAGCGGGCCACCAGGACACUGUGGCACGUCCUGGACAGCAUCGACCAGAUGUGGGUGCCAGUGCAUCGGACCUGGCGGCUCAACGAGCGCCACUACGGAGGCCUGACGGGGCUAAACAAGGCCGAGACGGCCGCCAAGCACGGAGAGGCUCAGGUGAAGAUCUGGAGGCGCUCGUUUGACAUCCCACCUCCCCCCAUGGGCCCUGACCAUGACUACUACGCUAUCAUCAGCAAGGAUCGUCGCUAUGCAGACCUGACCGAAGACCAGCUUCCUUCUUGCGAGAGCCUCAAGGACACGAUCGCACGGGCGCUGCCGUACUGGAAUGAGGAGAUCGCCCCUCAGAUCAAAAAGGGAAAGAGGGUGCUCAUCGCCGCUCACGGAAACAGCCUAAGGGGGAUCGUCAAGCACCUGGAGGGAAUGUCAGAUGAAGCCAUCAUGGAACUGAACCUGCCAACCGGCAUCCCCAUCCUGUACGAGCUCGACAAGAACCUGAAGCCCUUGAAGCCGAUGCAGUUCCUGGGAGACGAGGAGACCGUACGCAAAGCCAUGGAGGCCGUGGCUGCUCAGGGAAAAGCCAAGAAGUAAAGUGAAUGAGAAGUCGUCUCUGUGUAUCACAGUGUAGGUUGUCCCUGAAUGCUGACCUCAGAAUAGCGUUUUUCCUAAAUUCUAAUUUAUUUUGGAUUCUAAUACAUGAUGAGUACACAGUAGACUGCUGUCAAAGGCAGCCUCCCUCUACUUUUACAGUAUAGAGAUAGUAGUGGGUGAACAAGUAGGAUACAUUUGGACCAGGGGAGCCAAAGCUCUCAAGAGAUUGUUUAUAAUUAUUGCUGAAAAUAUGUAUUGCUGGUAAAGGAAAGUAGUAUCAAAGAUAUUUCUUAUCUGUGUACUUGAUUAUUUAAGUAUCAGCCCUUGUGAUAAUUAAAAUAUUGCCACUUAAAACAGAAAAUAUUUUUUUUUUCUUUUGUUUUUGAGAAAAGGAGAAGUCCUUAACUUUUGUGUCCUAGGCUGAGAUGUUUAACGUCAGGUUAGAUGGUAAUAAGGCCAAUUACUUGAUAAACUGUUCAAUCCUGUAUUGGUCACUCAGCCAGAGUCAGUUAUACAAAUUCAGGAUACAGUAGUUUUUUUGAUGAUACACACAAAUCUAAGGUGCUCUUGUUGUGAUCUGUAUAUGCCUGUGCUUAUAAUGUAACCCAUUACCUGACUGCAUUGAUGGUAGUAAGAAUAUCAUAUCCACAUCACAUGUGUCUGACCUUACUUACUUCAUCAUUUCCUGCGUAGGACACCAUUGUUAUUUAUUGGAUGAUAUAAUUUAUUUUAUUUCGCUGACACUAAUUGCCAUAUUCAGAUUUUCUAUGAGACUCUCUAACAUAAAAGGGACCAGUAUACAGGAUGGACUACUUAUUUUCUUUCUCGCUAUCAAAGCAUUUUACGGAUGCAUUCCACUGAUGAAGGGGUGUUACUAUUGCAAUCUCUUGAGAGCAGUUAGGACAGCCGAACAUUCCUUUUCUUGUACUUCCUCUGUAUAUGAAGGGUAUUUGUGCUGUGUCCUUGAAUGUUGUUGCUGUCUGUGUUGUGUCUUAAAAUGAGUAUUUCUCCCUUUUGUGAUUCAGCCCACUUUAAAUGGUGCCAGACACUGCGUUGCUACCAGUAUUGAAUGGCGUGAGUGAUAAUUCCAUUAUUUGGGUUAUAGUCUCACCGUGCCAGUGUGAGGCAUGAUUAGUGGAGAUACAAGGUCUAAAUUUAGCCUUAAGUCUUUGUUAUUCUGUAUGACUGCCAUUGGUCUGUCUUUGCCUCUUCUUGUCAUUGUAUUUAUGUGCCUCUGGCUCCUGCUCCUUCAGCAAAUACCUACAGCCGGUCUCACAGCUUGAAAGAAGCAGCAGGACAGUCUGUUAGGAAAUGGUUUGCAAUAUCCCAUUAUGUCUUACAGUAUUCUCAUAUUUCUUUUGAAAAUGUGAUUCCCUCUGUCUUAGCCAAACGUACUCUGAAAGCUCUGUUGUAAUAAAUGUACAACGAUGCGAAAAAA